AUGGCCAAGUCUGCAGCUUCUGCUUUGUUACAUGCUUCCAGAGAUUGCCCGCCCGAGGGCAAAACCUGGGAGCCGUCUGUUUCGCCGUCCUGUUUUGGAAUGAUCGGUGCAAUCGUCCCCCUGCACAAUUUAAAUUCUGAAAUGCGCUUCCUUGCUGCGCGGCGUGGUCACUUGCCUGUUGACUUUGAGCGUGAUCCUUUACGUGUCUGCGCGGAUCUUUCACAAUCGAAGUUGUUCGAUCAAUCUGACCACCCAGUUUCUAUAUCAGACAAGACAGACAGACAGACCAUUUCGUGCAUGUAUGAUCCACUUUAUCGAGGCGGUUUACCUUCCUGGAGACCUGGGGUUUGCAGCGGAACACGGGGUUCCUCGUAA